UAAUGGAUAGUUGGAAGAUCUUUUGCGAGAUGCCUGAUAAGGAAAUAAUUAUGCUUGAUUGUGAACCUGAAAAUAUCAAAGAGGAGCUGCAAAAAAAGACAAAUAAAAUAAAUUUUGAUUCAAUUACCCUUUUUGAAAUUUCUGAAACAGAAUAAUAGACAUCAAAUGGUUUGGGCUAAACAACAGAUAGCUAAUUGAAAAAUUAAAUUUACAUCAAAGUUUAUGAUGCUCAAUCACUUUAAAGAGGGUUUAAUGAAAUGGAAAAGAAGUAAGCUGAGUAAGAAUAAUAAAUUAGAGAAAUCUAGGAUAAAAAUACUACUCUCGAAAUAGAUCUAAAUAAGAUUAUUAAGAAAAGUAAUAGCCAAGAGUAGACAAUUAUAUAAUUAUCUGAACAAAAUUAAAUAUUAUAAAAUAAGAAUAAAGAAUUGCACAUAGAAGUUAUUUAAAUUACUAGUGAAAAAAACUCAAUAAAUUAAGUGUGGCAAUCAUGUUGUAGUUGUCUAUCCUAAUAAAUGUCACAGCUUUGUUUCAGUACUUUGAAUGCUAAUCAAGUUUAUUAAAUGAAGAAUUUAGAAAAUUUAUAAAUUUAGAUUAAAGAUCUGGAAGAUUAAUUAAAAAGUUCAAAAAAAGAGACAGAUGAACUAUCUUAGUUGUUAAAAUAAGUAAAGGAUAAAUUAUCAAAAGAUAACAAUAAUAUUGUUAAUUCUGACAAUUCCUCUACUCUUCCAAGUAAAGAGAUUUAUGAGAAAUGGUUGGAGGCUGAAUAAAAAUUAGGAAAUUUAGUUGAAGAAAUGAAAGAAAAAGAAAAAUAGCAUUAAAUGAACAUAUAAUAAUUAUCUGAAAUUUAUAAAAAUUAAAGUGUUGACAAAGAAAUUGAAAAAAUGAAAGCUGAAAAAGAAAAAUAAAAAUAAAUUUAAGAAAUCUAAGAAAGUCGUGAUUAGCUUGAAUUGGAAUUUAAUUAGAUAAAUACAAGAUGUAGCGACCUAGAAUAAAAUAUUUAAUAAUUAUAAGAAGAUAAUUAAUAAUAAUAAAGAAACUAUGAAAUAUAAUUAUAAAAAAAAAAUGAAGAAAUGCAGAAUGAAAUAAAUUAUUAAAAGAUUUCAGUAAUAUAAAAUUUAAAUACAUAGUGGCAAAAUUAUUUAGAUUAGGUGAUCUCUUAAUUUUAAUAAUAAUUAUAGCAACAGUAUCAACAGGCCACUUAAACAAACAAUGAAUGUGCCACAUAAAUAGAAAAUCUUUAAAGAGAGCUUGGAGAUGAAUAAUUAGCUUCAAAAGCUGAGAAAGAUGAACUAAAAUAAUAGUUAAAAUAAGAAAAGGAAAAACUAGUGAUAGCUAACGAGAGUAUUAAUUUGUCUGAAAGCACAAAUUCAUAAUUAAGUGAUAAAAUUAAAAAACUACAUAGAGAUUUAAAAGAAGCCAAGGGAAAAAUAAUUGAUUUAGAAAUGAAUUAAAGGACUACAUUUUCUAAUCUUCAAGAUGCUAAUUCUACUCUUUAAUAAAAAGAAACAGACAUUAAAAAAUUAACCACUUUAAAUAAGAGUUAACUCUAGCAAAUUGACGAAUUAGAAGAGGAGCUCAAUUAGUUAAAAAUUCAAAAAUAAUAGUUGGAUGCUAAAAGUAAUACCUAAUUGUAAAAAAUUGGGGAUUUAACGACAAAGGUUGAUGAAUUAAAUGAUGAAAUUGAACGCCUGAAAGGAGAUAUAAUAAUAAAAAAAAAUGAAUAAGACAAAUAAACAGGCGACUUGAGAAUAUUAUAGUAAUAAAAGGAUUUUGUUGAUUCAGAAUUAAAAGAAUUAAGAAAUUAAUUACAAUAAACCAAAGAAUAAUUAGAGUAAUAACAAAGUGAAGGAUAAAACAAUCAAAAUUAAAUAAAGCAACUAAAAAGUCAAAUUACAAAACUGGAAUAAGAAUUAAAAACAGUUACUGGUUAAAAUAAAGAUCACUCAGAGACAAUAAGAUAGCUUAGAUUAAAAUUGUAAGAAAAAGAAGGGUUAGCAAGUUAAUUACAAAUUAAAUUAGAUUAAGUUUCAAAUACAUUAAAGUAAAAAGAGGAACAACUUAAAAAUGAUUAGGCUUAAAAUAAUAAAUAUAAAACACAAAUGGAUGAAAUAAUUUAAUAAAUGAAGUAGGAGAUGGAAUUAAAAAAUAUGAAACUAAGUAUAAAAGACCAUAUUCUUUUAAAAUUAUUAAGGCAAGAUGAUAAAUAUCAAGAUAAAGUAACUGGUGUUAUGGAAAGAAUAAUGUCAACACCUCAUAAAGUUAAAGAAUUUACUAAUUAUUAGUAUGCUAAUCUUGACCUGAAGGAAUAUGAUAUUUUUGAGAUAACUGCUGAAUAUGAUCAAGCAAAGGAACUUUUGACUAAGAAUUAGUAUUUCUUAUUUGAAUAGUGCUUAAAAAAGACUCCCAAGGGCAGUGUGAAAUUAAAUAGAAGUCUGUCACCAAAUGCCGAGUCCACAUUUUUUAAGGGUUAUUUAAGUGUGGUGACAGAGGCAACUUAAAAUGAAUUGAAAGGAAAAUUCUUAUUAAGAAAAGAUCUAAUAUCUUAAAAUCAAGCUUUUAUUAAUUUAGAUGAUGCAGCUUAAAUGUCUAAAAACAACUUCUUAUGCUAAUUUUUGAUGGAUCAAUUUAAUAAAGUCUUAAGAUCAUAAAGAUUAAGAGAAGGAGAGUAUGUAAUCGCCAAACAAUUUGUAUUAAAAGAUAAGGGUAAAUAUUAAUUUAUAUAUUGAAUAGAUAAAGAAGAAUACUAUUAUUGUGAAAUGGCUGAGGAAGGAGAAUUUAAAAAGAUUAAUGGUGGAUGUUUUAACCCUAAAGAUAAAAGUGAGGUAAAUUCUUAUUUUAAUGCCUUCUCUAAAUAUGUAUAUGCAUUUUCAAAGGAAAGUUAUAUUAUAUCUCAUCUUUAAAUUUGUGGAAAAUUUGUGUAUGAUAUGAUAGUUAGUACAACUUAUAAAGGAUUGUUUUCAACUUUAGAUUAAGGAUAAAAUGAAAUUGCAUAGGUUUUAGAAAUAAUUAAUAGCUUAUCUCAAGAUGAUAUUAAACUCCAUUGGACUCAAAAAAUAGAAGAUGUUGCUAAAGAGGGAGUAAAAUGA